AUGGGUGUGUGUACUUCUAAAUCAGACGAAAGUUCAGCGGCGUUGGAAGGUAGCCGAGUGCCGGUGAAAAGAGGGCAGAGAAAUACACAAGGUAAUGACAGCGGGACGACAGGGACCAACGGGAGCGACAAUGGUGGUACAGACUCAAGUAAUGGGCUAGAUGAAAAACGGAAAGGAGGCGGCAAAGGACAAGUGUCUAAUGCUGGAGGGGCGACGAACAAGGGCCCACAGUCGCUGGUUUCGGGCGCGAGCGGUUCCUCUAUCGGGCCGUCGUCUGGGUCGCUCAAUAAAGUGGGAAGCAGUGUAGACUCCAAUAAGACGUUGAAAGUUUUGCUGUUAGGGUCAGGAGAAAGCGGAAAGUCGACAAUCCUGCAGCAACUCAAAAUUCUGCAUCAAAAUGGGUUCACUAAAGAGGAAUUACUGGAACUCAAACCGUUCAUUUUUGAUAACCUUCUGGAGACGGGCCGAGAUUUGGUAAAUGCAAGAAGACAGUUAGGUGUCACACUUGAGCCGCACAGCGGCCUCACAGAAGAAGAGUUGGAGAUGGUAACGUCGUUCAGCACGCCGGGCGCGCAGCUGCAGAAAUUUCCCACGGACGUGGCACGCGUACUCGCCAAAAUAUGGGGGUUGAAAUCCACCCAAGAACUCAUUACUGGAGAGCACCGGUCCGAAUUCUAUCUGAUGGACAGUGCGCGCUAUUUUAUGGAGAGCCUAGAGCGCAUAUCGGAGCCCAACUACGAGCCGUCGGUUCGCGACGUUUUGCUCUGUCGUAAGAAAACGUCCGGUAUAUUUGACACUCUCGUCGAGAUGGAUGCGAAUUUGAAGUUACACAUAUACGACGUUGGCGGUCAACGGAGCGAGCGUAAAAAAUGGAUUCAUUGCUUCGACAACGUUACCUUGAUAAUUUUUUGCGUCUCGCUAUCGGAGUAUGAUCAAACGCUUUUGGAGGACAAAUCUCAAAACAGGCUUGAGGAGUCCCUGAUCCUGUUUGACUCCGUGGUGAAUAGCAGAUGGUUUGCGCGUGCCUCCAUAGUGCUAUUCUUGAACAAAAUUGACGUUUUCGCCGAAAAAGUUCAGCACGUACCUCUGGAAAAAUACUUUCCCGAUUUCACCGGUGGAAAAGACAUUAAUAAGGCGGCCAAAUAUAUCCUGUGGAGAUUUGUGCAACUGAACCGAGCACAUCUCAACAUAUACCCCCAUGUGACGCAAGCUACCGAUACUUCAAAUAUAAAGUUGGUGUUUGCCGCAAUCAAAGAAACAAUUCUAGAAAACAGUUUAAAGGAUUCGGGAGUGCUAUAA